CAGGACCCUAGGCACAGUUUCAAUCCAUUUCUCUUGCCUAGAGGUAAGAUUAUCUCUCGCGACUUCCGUAUAUUUCGAAUUAAACUGCAAUAAAGAUGUCGUCCUACAUUUCGCGUCUACUCAAGGCACCGUCCGCCUCCAAGCGCCUUAUCUCGAAUUUGACCCAGCGCGAGGGUAAGCUAAGCUCCUUGCUGCGUCGCCUGGGAUUGCAACGGCAGGGGGGAGCAGCGGCUGCUCCCGGGACGCGUCCCAUAUCGACAACUCAGGUGCAAAAGUCUGCAUUGAUUGAGGACGAACAACUGGUCACCGGCAUCCAGAAGCGCGAGAUGCAGCUGGCCAAGCAGGGCUGCGAGGAUCCCUGGGGAUUCACCAAGGUCAUUAGGCGUGGCUCGGGGAGGGAGAACGAUCCCACAGAGGUGCCAUCGGCAUUUGAUGCCCGCCUCGUGGGCUGCCUCUGCCUGGACGAUCGUUUGCCCAAGUGGAUGUGGCUCGAGAAGGACGAGGGCCCAAAACGAUGCGAGUGCGGCCACUUUUUCGUGCUAAAGAACGUACCACCCGUCUAGAUCGACUACACAGAGCGCUGUACAAGUACACGGACACACUAGACAUGGUCUUCGCCGGGCAUUAAACACUGCAUGAUAUUAU